AUGACUUCCAAAUUGCAUCGAGGCCCGCCUUUCCGUGCCGAGCAUCUAGGAUCACUCCUUCGCACGGAAAAGCUACUUGAAGCUCGUCACGACUGGGAAGGUGGGAAGGGAACAGAGGCUGAUCUGAAGCCGAUCGAAGACCACGAUGUGAAGGAGAUUGUCAAGAUCCAGCAGGAUCUGAACUUUCAUGCCCUCACUGAUGGAGAAUACCGCCGGCAUAUGUUCUGGGGAUCUUUCUGGCCCGGUCUAGAGGGUAUGACAGAGGUCGCCGAGCCCGAUCCAGCGAUCUUUCGCAUGUACAUUCCUGAUAUUGCCGCAUUCACAGAGGCAGGCUACAAGCCAGGGGAGACCGUUAUCUGUACAGGCAAGAUCAAGCAUAAGGGAAGCACAUACACUGAUCAAUUCGACUUCUUGAAGAGUCUGGUUCCCGGGGACGAGGUCAAGAACAUCAAACUGACCCUCGCCGCCCCCAACUGGUACCACCUGAGAUACAAGCAAGGCCAAGCUUACCCCUCAGAUGUCUACAGCAGCGACGAUGAAUACUUCGCCGACAUCGCAACUGCUUAUCAGGAUGAGUUGAAGAUCCUGUACGAUCAUGGACUCCGAAACGUUCAAUUCGAUGAUCCCAACCUGGCUUAUUUCUGCUCGGAAGCCAUGCUCGAGGGCUGGCAAAAGGACAAGGACAAUAUUUACAGCGCCGACGAGCUGCUUCAGAAGUAUAUCCAUGUCUACAACCGGGCCGUCGCAAGAUUCCAAGCGACAUGCAUGUUGGUAUCCAUCUCUGUCGCGGCAACUUCGUUAACUCCAGGCACUUCUCAGAGGGUGAGCAUGUUCUUCCACGUAUCCUCAGACCAGCUGACACCCCCUCUAGGCGGCUACGAUCGCAUCGCAACCAAGCUCUUCCAAGAACUUAACAUGCACACUUACUAUCUGGAGUACGAUACACCCAGAGCCGGUGGCUUCGAACCCCUGCAAUACCUGCCCAAGGACAAAAAUGUCAUUCUCGGCGUCAUCACUUCGAAGUUCCCGAAGAUGGAAGAUGAGGCCGAGAUGGAAGCGCGCGUACGUGAGGCGGUCAAGUGGAUGGUCAAGGGCAGUGGCGAAACUGAAGAGGAAGCAUUGAACCGUUGCGGCGUGAGUCCUCAGUGCGGCUUUGCUAGCCAUAGCAGUGGGAACUCGGUCACGCGCGACGAUAUGGUUGCAAAGUUGAAGCUGGUUCGGCGUGUGGCGGAUCGAAUCUGGCCUGGACAGCCGUAA